UGGCCCGCGGGCACUCCUUCAGCAGUAGCGGCAGCGGCAGCAGCAAGGUCGCGCGCCCACCAACAGCUCCGCCGAUUGUUGUACCGUGCGGCGUGCUCUGGAGGCGCACAGUAGCCACGAUGCCCAUCAGUGAGGACGAGUACGAGGCUCACCGCCAGCAGCAGCAUGGCUUGUCCAGGGCUGAGCAGCGCAGGAGCAAUAAGCCAAUCAUGGAGAAACGUCGGAGAGCGCGGAUAAACCACUGCCUCAACGAACUGAAGACUCUCAUCCUCGACGCCAUGAAGAAAGACCCUGCGCGACACUCGAAACUGGAGAAGGCAGACAUCUUGGAAAUGACUGUACGUCAUUUACAGAGUGUACAGAGGCAGCAGCUGGCAGUAGCAGUGGCUACGGAUCCAGGAGUGCUUAGCAAAUUCCGUACCGGAUUCAGUGAAUGUGCAGGUGAAGUGGGCAGGUAUCUGGGAAGACUAUCCAGUGUCGAACCUGCAGUUCGCCAGCGCCUUUCUGGCCACCUGACACAGUGUAUAGCAAGCUUGCAGCAGCUCGACCCUAACAAUAAUCCCGGCCUGGUGGGCGUGGGGGUCACACCAGCCACAACUGCUGCCGCGGGGCUAGCCCUUGUGCCACAUCGACUCCCAACGGGCGAGCUGGCACUCGUGUUGCCCCACGGUCUGCUGCCCAUCACUGCAGCUGCAGGAGCAGUGGGGGUACCACAACAGGUACAGCACUCUGCAGCCUCUUCUACUUCUGCCUCUACAGCUGCCACCACUACCACAACCAGCACCACUACAGAUGUCACUAACUCCACAACUGUUACCACUGCUGUGUCUUCUACUCCUUCUUCUGCAAUGGACAGGUCACAUCCUAGUGCAUUCACUGCUGUCAACCCACGGCAGGCAGUUCGAGCACCCCCCUCACCUCUACCGUCGCCUACAUCCACCAUCUCAGAUGACGAUUCACUCAUUACUGAACCAUAUCCACCACCACCAUCACCUCCUCCAUUGGCCUCCAUGGUCAGAGGUGCUGACCAUAGGGCACAGGAGACCUGGCUCAAAGUUCCUGCAUUUAGAUUAUUUCCUCUUGGUGGAACAGAGGGUGCUCCGUCUGUGGCAGGUGAAGAUAAACCACACCAACAGCCGCAUGUGACCUCAUCCACGUGUGAUAAUGGGUCAGGCUCACACUCUGUUUCCACUUCAUCUUCCCUACAUCACCAAAACACUCCAGUUGGUGUCUCGGCUGUUGCAGAACUCAAAGUUGAGUUCAAGACAGUACCUGUCAUCUCCACAGUAACAUUUCCUUCUUCAAAACCUGAUAUUGCUCCUUCAGUACCAACAGAUCAACCUCUCUCUGUGAUUACUAAUUUAGAAGACAAGGGCACUUCUGUGUCUGCCACAUCUCCAGCAGUCAAAGCAGCUCCUCUUCAUUACGGUGCAAAGGAUCCCCUGGAUUUUUCCUUGAGAAGAGAUGAGUAUUUGCAGUUCCCUCCAAGCUCACUGUCACAGACGCCACUUGUAGGUAGCAAGAGAUCAUUUCCAACAACAGAGCCAAGUGAAAACACUGUAUCCUCUUUACUCACAUUGCCACCACCAAGUAAAAUGCCACACCUUUCAUUCCGAAUUGAGCUUCCCAAUGAUACAGACCAAAUAAGUUCAAGUUCUCAGCAGGCACCAACAUCACAAGAAAGCCAUUUAGAUGGAACAUCUGCCUCUAUGACAGAAAAUGCUUCUAGCAGUAGCAGUAGUAAGGACAUGUGGAGACCAUGGUAAAGACUGUUGUGGAAAAAAACAAAACAACACUUAAGUCCUAUUUUGAAGCAGGGGCCUGUUGAACAGAAAAAAAGUGAAGAAAAUUAGAUGUCAUAUUUUUUUUAAACUACCCAUAAAAAGGCAGUAAUACCUUGUAUUUUAAGCAAGAGUUCAUAUGUGCACAUUCUUUGUGGCUCAAGACAUUGAAGUUUAUACACCAAGCCAUCUAAGUCGAGGAUGAUUUAAAAAAUUUUAUGGAAAAACUGUGAUGUAAACUGCACAAAAGACUGAAGAACAAGUGAGAAGCUCUGCAAAGAAAAACUACCUCACAUACGACAUAGUAAGGAAGUUAGGCAAUUGUUCUUUGUGAGGACUCCAGUUUUGCUGGUAAAACUGUAUGUUGAUGAGAAAAAAAUUCUGAAAAUAAGUUGCAAGUUCUGCAGCAACUGUUAUGUUAUUAAUAGUUAAAUGUUACUGAUGUCUGUUUGUUUAUUAUUAUUAGUACUAGUUCUGCACUCAUUCUUUUGAGAAAUUUUGCACAACAUACCCCAGAUUAGCCUCUUUACUAUGUUUUUUCUGUAUGUAAUAACAGUCAGAGUCCUAAUGUUUACUUAAAAUAUUGUAAGCUAAUUUUUCUUUCCUGUAUAGUUUGGGUAUUUUAUGGCUGAAAAGUGCCUCUAACAUAAGAUUUGACACUCACACUCAACCUUUUGUGUCUGUUUUGUAUGUUACAGUUUGUGUAUCUUAAAAACCGUAUAAAUGCUUUACAACACUGUGUUAAAUCUAUGAUGUAACUUGUUUAGUUUACACAAAAACAUUGCUGUGAUUUGAAUGGCACACAACAUACAAAGGUCUAGACAUCAGAAAAUCCAAAAAGAAAUGCAUUCAAGAUGGUUGUGUUUUGUCAUUCACUUUAAUAAUGGCUUAAUAAAAAUUGUAGU